AUGCCAUCCCCCAGUGUCAGCGUAACCGCAUCCUCCAAACGCUUCUGGGACUCAUCCACACCCGCCGGCAUCGUGAUCCCAUCCGAAAUGGCCUUCCCCAAGGGCAGCAAGCCACCGACCACCCAAAAGAACUACCACAAGAGCUCCAUUGCCGCAGCGACCAUCAUGACCGUGGUCACUCUCGCAGCCAUCAUCUUCCUGGUGGUGUGGUACGUCCGCCGCGCGCGACGAGAACGCCGCCAGCGCGAAAGGGAAGAGUUGAAUCUUAAUGCUCUCGGCCCGUCGACUUUCACUCUAGCAGAGGAUACGACCAAGGUGCUUGAUGACUUCCUUAUGAAAGAAGAAGACCAGCAGUCCGAGCGUGCGUCUAUCAUGUUUAGUCGGAGCCGCUCGCCAUCUCUCACUUUCGUCGUCGAGGAGACAGACCGCCGCAGCUCGAUGGCCCGUCUGUAUCGUACGAGUAUCGAUGCCUCGGCGACUAGUCUGAGCAAGAACGAGGCUUUCUCGAAACGCAUGUCUACCGAGGGCACAGAGCGACCUAGCAUGUCAACAUCAGACCGAUACACACCCUCCUCGCAGAAUCUCUCCGUGCAGCAGCAGCCGUCCAGCCCAGUCUCGCGACUCUCGCAGUCGUCCACGGUGCCUCUGACCGAAUGCUCGUCGCAGCUGUGCGAUAUGGCCAACGGAACGAAAGAAGGCAUGACCCCCACAAUCCUCAGCCGCGAAUCUGGCAGCUCCCGUACCUCGCGCUCAACAGAGCAGAGAACACGUCCAUCCGCCAGCGAGACCCUCUCGCGCGCAUCUGAGGCCUCAGUGGAACCAGGCAGCCCGUGGUCGUUGCAGUCCGUUGCAUGGAUGUUCGACGAACCCGAGAAACCGCGCAGAGCCCAUGCAGGAAGCUCUCGAGGAAGAGGAGGAUCAGGUGAAUCGGCGAGGGAUAUUCGGGGCGUGAGUAAUUCUUCUUCUCGUCCCGGCUCGGGACAGUCGUCGCGGCGGUCUACGGUUGGGUAUCCUGCUUCGCCUCUGUCGCAGUCUUUUGGCAGUUGA